UCUUGUGCUGUUGCGGUUUCACUUUGACGUGGCAUGCACUGAGAUCUUAGACCUUCAUAAAUAGGCUUUGUAUUAGAGGUUUCCGCUAGUUCUCUCUUCAUCACUAACACAACUCAUAACUUUCAAACUCUCUAUCUUCCCCCUUUUGUCUCAUAACUCAUACCCACUAUCAUACUAUUCACUCUCUUUCCUUUCCUUAGAGAAAAAAAAGAAAAAGAAAAAGGAAAUAAUGCCAGGAUUUGAUGUCGAAACUCCCAAUGGAGAUUCAUCAAACGGCCCAAGAUUUUCUAGAGAUAGCUCUCGAAAUACGCGUGACUUGCCAUCUUUAUCGUCUCCUUGUUUUCCUAUUACUCUCAAGUUCAUGGACGUGUGUUACCAAGUGAAGAUAGAGAACAAGCAAAAGAAGGGCAAUUUUGGUUUCAAACACAUGUUUUGUGAUGGACCCACACAAACAGUCGAUCAAGAACGAACAAUCCUGAAUGGGAUCACAGGCAUGGUGUCCCCAGGACAAAUCCUGGCCGUCCUAGGCCCAUCAGGGAGCGGCAAAUCAACGUUCCUCAAUGCUCUUUCAGGUAGACUCCACCAUGGUCAUGGCCUCACCGGAACAAUCCUCGCCAACGGUGCUAAACUCAGCAAAACCGUGCUGAGAAGAACCGGCUUUGUGACCCAAGACGAUGUUCUCUACCCUCACUUGACUGUGCGUGAAACCCUAGUCUUCUGCUCUUUACUUCGCUUACCAAACUCUUUGACAAAAGAAGAGAAAGCGUCAAUGGCUGAGUCGGUGAUUUCUGAGCUGGGUUUGGUGAAAUGCCAAAACACAAUCAUAGGGAACAGUUUCAUACGUGGGAUUUCUGGUGGAGAGAGAAAGAGAGUGAGCAUAGCUAAUGAGAUGCUGAUUAACCCUAGUUUGCUCAUAUUGGAUGAACCCACGUCGGGUUUGGACUCAACCGGGGCACACCGGUUGGUCACCACGUUGGGGUCAUUGGCUCAAAAGGGCAAGACCAUAGUAACUUCCAUGCACCAACCAUCUAGCCAAGUUUGCCAGAUGUUUCACUCAGUCUUGCUGCUCUCAGAAGGGAGGUGCUUGUACUUUGGGAAAGGCAGUGAGGCUCUCGGCUACUUUGAUUCCGUCGGCUUUUCGCCGUCUUUUGCCAUGAACCCUGCGGAUUUCCUGCUUGAUCUUGCUAAUGGUGUCUGCCAACAUGAUAAUAUAAGUGAACAAGAUAAGCCAAAUAUCAAGCAAACCCUCUUUUCUUCAUACAACACCUUGUUGGCUCCAAAGGUAAAAGCCGCCUGUAUGGACACUACCACCAUUCCAUUGAAAGAAACCAUUUUUAUUGGAGACCAUUCUACAAAAGAGCACAGAUGCAACAAUAGACUCUCCCUUUCCACAUGGUUCAACCAAUUCAGCAUUCUGCUUCAAAGAAGCCUCAUAGAACGAAAGCACGAAUCGUUUAACACACUUAGAAUCUUCCAGGUAAUCGCGGCUGCAAUACUUUCUGGUUUAAUGUGGUGGCACUCUGAUUAUAAGGACAUUCAAGAUCGUUUAGGCCUCCUCUUCUUCAUUGCCAUCUUCUGGGGAGUCUUCCCUUCGUUUAACGCUGUGUUCGCCUUCCCUCAAGAACGUGCCAUCUUUAUGAAGGAACGGGCAUCUGGUAUGUACACACUUUCUUCAUAUUUCAUGGCUCGAAUUACCGGAGAUUUGCCAAUGGAGCUCAUUCUUCCCACUAUUUUUAUCACCGUGACUUAUUGGAUGACCGAACUAAAACCAGAAUUGGGUGCCUUUCUAUUGACUUUGUUGGUUCUUCUCGGCUAUGUGCUUGUGUCACAGGGUCUUGGCCUAUUUUUAGGUGCAGCUAUCAUGGAUGCCAAACAGGCAUCUACAUUGGUAACAAUCACAAUGUUAGCAUUUGUAUUAACUGGAGGGUUUUACGUGCAUAAGGUACCAUCUUGUAUGGCUUGGAUAAAAUACCUUUCUACCACAUUUUAUACUUACAGGCUCUUUAUCAACAUCCAAUAUGGAGAUGGAAAGAAAAUUUCAUCAUUGUUGGGUUGCUCAAACUCGAAGCAUGGACUCUAUACAGCUAGCUGCAAGUUUAUUGAAGAAGACAUUGGAGGGCAAAUCAGCCCUGUGGCUAGUGUUGGCAUCUUGUUAUUUAUGUUUGUGGGGUAUAGGAUAUUGGCUUACAUUGCGUUGAGGCGCAUCAAAGCUUGAAUUUUGUAUCACUUCUUAAGUGUAAUUUUUCAAAUGACCGAAGAAGGAACCAGAAGGAUGAUUGCGCAAGCUAAGCAUCACUCAUUUUAAUUCUGCUUA